AUGGACCGUGGUUCAUUAGCACUCAUAAAUGAUCCCACAUUUCCAACAUUUCCCAAGAUGUUCAUUGUGUUGGGUUAUAAUGAAGUAGAAGGCACAACUGCAACCAGCAAUGCAACAGAGAGUGCAACGGAAAGUAAUGAAGCUGAAGAGACUGAACCAACAGUGGCAAGCACAAUUGAGUCCACCACUGGACAACUGGAGACCACAGCUGAUGCACUCACUACAGCCAGUGAAACUGUUGACUAUGAUACUGUAGGCUACGAAGAAGGCAGUAACGGCGGCAUUGGAAGCACUGCCGUGUAUGAAACAGCAGGAAAUGGUGAUCCAUAUGAAAAUGGCUAUGGUUAUGGUUAUCAACAUGAAAAUGAAGUGGAUUAUUAUAGAACCAGAGGUGACAAUUUUGCAAGAUAUGAAGAUGAAUAUGGUUAUAGAAAUCAUGUGUAUGAUGGGUAUAAUGGUCAACAAUAUGAAUAUUAUCAAUAGACUCUGGCCCAUGAUAGUACAAAAACAGCAUUGGCCUGGCAAUUGUGUAGUCUAUGCAGUUGCAUCUCUUUUCUGUAUUACAUAUUUUCUUAUGGUGGAAGAGCUACUGUUUGCUUUCAUAGAAAGUAAUAUGUACCCUCAGGUAAAACAAGCAAUACACAUCACAUAGAAUUAUCUAUUUAAUACUUAACUGAUUGUGUAAUUGAGAUGUGUGUUGCAUAUCGAUGUAGCACUGAGCAGUAUCUAUGGUGCUUUAAAAUACUAAAGAUGUUAUCAGUUCUGAGAAAAAUGUAAUUAUGAGGAAUAUGAUAUAUUUAAUAAAUAAUAUAUACUGAUAUACAAAAAUAUAAAUCCUCACUGUAAUGUUUACAGACAAUUUUCUCAAUACAAUAAAAUAUUUCAGAAACAUA